AAAAAAAAUCUGACAUUGAAAAUUAUCAAAAUGUUUAAGCCAUAAUUAGUCAUUUUCACAAAUAAAGCGUCCUCGACAACAUACCUUGUGAUUAUAUAAGUGUAAUAAUAUUUUGAGAAAUAAAAAUCUGUGUUUUAAAAAAUUGGCCUGUUCUACUGAUCACCUUAUAGAAAAUUACACCGAAUUAUGAAUUUGACUAACCUAAAAAAAAAAAAAACACAGAAAGAAAGAAAGAAAAAAAAAGACAGGACCGAAGGCGCAAGGAAAGAUUGAAAGAUGAAAAUUGAAAGCUCUCUUUCUUAUAGGCCUGUAGCCCUAUUAUUUCUUUAGUUGUGAAUGUCUGUGGAACAACAUAAACAUGCUAAUGACACAGAGAUAAACAUAUUUGAAGUCUCUGCAAAAAAUUGCGUGAUAAAACUAGAGGAAAAGACACAUAGGAAAAUCGUCUUAAGCGUCGUUUUCAACAUUCUAGUGUCUUCAGUAAUAAUAAUAGUACAGGAAACGUGACGUUUUGCGCUUGAAAAAAGGAAAUAAUAAUAAUAAUAAUAAUAAUAAUAAUGAGAAGAAGAAGAAACACGUUAUAGAAACACGUCGUUUUAUUUUGUUACAAUUGUGUGUUGUUAUUUUAUUUAGCUUCUAGCUGGUUUAACCUUAAUAGUUUGUUUACAUUUAUAGUAGCCCACAUAUAAGAUGGAACGUAAACUAAAUACUAAAAAGUGAACUCAAUAUACAUAAUUAUAAUACAGUAACAUAUUACAAAAUUAUACAGAAUACGUGUCUGUUAUGAUAAUUCUGAGAUUCUAAUUCUAAUUGCAGUUUUUAUUUAUUUAAAAAAAAUCAGGACUUGUUUUAAAGUAAAUCGGGCGGAAGGAGUGAUUAGUAAUCAGUAAGCUAAUGCUAGAAAAAAAUUUAAUAAAAGAUUGCUAAAGACUGCUAACGUCUAUGUUAUAUUACAUUAUCGUAAGCAAUUUUCAGUCGCAGGCUAUAUUGCUCUAAUAGUUAUUGACAUAUAACGCGUUGUAAUUAAACCUCUUUCUUUGAAUCUUACUAAGAAAAUUUAUUUUGAAAGCCACAAUUUAGUUAUGUUAAACAACAUUCAUAUAGACAAGAAACGACGGUCAAUUGCCUAUUUAAAGGCUUUUUCCUAAAAAGACGUAGCUUGAGUAUUAUGUUAUGUAGUGAGCUGGGGCAAGGGCGGGGCCGGACUCUGCUGGUUUGCAUAUCACGUGACUGUGCAUUAACAAAUCAACAAUUACUGACUUUUAUUCUUUUAGGGGUAAAAUAAAAUCGCGUGUAAGAAUUGCGUGGGUGAGCUCAUCAGAAAUGUGUGAGCACAAUUUUCUUAGUUCUGGCUAUGUUAGUCCUAUGUUGAAUUAUCCAACUGCGGAUUCGUUGCCUUUCUCCAACUGGCCCAAUGGCGCCCAUCCGUCCGGACUCGCGCAGCUCUACGGCAGGAGAGAGGUGUGUUCACUCCCGUGGACUUCCCCAAGUUCGUGCACAAGCCCGCCACAGAGCCUCGCAUUUAGUGGCUAUUCUCAGCCGUUUAUUACUAACUCAGUGGCUGUGACUGGCCAUAGCAAAGGAGACUCCUGUAAAUACUACGGCCAAGAUGCAAACCCCAAAGCAGGGUUGGCGGACAAACACACGACAGCGUUUACCGGUGAGCACGGGAUAACAACAACUGCCAGCUUUAGCAAAUGUGACUUUUCAGACUUGGACAAAAGGUUGCAAAACACGGUUGUACAGACUGGGGUGAAUUCCAACAGCCAUUCGAUAAUCGAUGGCACUGAACAACUUGCACACUCCACUGCCCCAGUACAGCCCACAUCGAGUUCUCAGAACACCAGUGCAGCUUUUACGGACGGAUUCCCUUGGUGUCCUGCACAAGUAAGAGCCAGAAAGAAGAGGAAACCUUACACGAAACCACAGCUGGCUGAACUUGAGAAUGAAUUUAUGAUCAACGAAUUCAUAAACCGACAGAAACGGAAAGAGCUGUCGGAUAGACUGGACUUGAGUGAUCAACAAGUAAAAAUCUGGUUUCAAAACCGGAGAAUGAAAAAGAAACGUUUAUUAAUGCGCGAGCAUGCUUUCUCCGUGCACUGAAGAAAAAUCAGUGCUUCACUUAUUGGUGGCCACAGCGUACAAGUUGCUCCUCACCUUGGCAAUGACUUCCCAAGUGGUUUAAGGAGUUUAAUACAACUGUAUUUUUAUAAUACCAUUGUAAGGAUACGAAGAAAUCGACAAAAUUUACAAUAUUUAUUUAAGGCAGAUACUGAUCUAGCUGAUCACGAGAACAAUUGCAAAAUUAGUCCCCACCAUAAUAACAUUUUUUGACGUAAUCAGCAGUAGAAAACAUUUUACAGGACGCCAUUCAUUAAAAGUAAAAUUAAUAUGCAACAUUGCCUGCACAGUCAUGUAAUCUUUUAUGUUUUUUCUUGAUUUAUCAGAGAUUCUGCCUAUUUAAAUUGUCAUGUAAGCUGUCCCACUGAAUUGUAAACUCAUCGAAAGGUGUGUACGUUUUGUGUGUGUGUGUGUGUGUGUGUGUUAAACUUCUGUUUUCUAAUGAAAAGCCUUGAACUGGAGAGAGAGCUUCAGCCUGGCAAGUAUAAGCUCUAAGCUCAGGUUUGUAAGUAAACAGUCAGGUGAAUUCCAAGUCUGGGUGGUAACCAAGUGUCCACACACAAAUUUACCUUUAAAGAGAGAGAGCUGUAAUACAUGUGUAUAGCUUCAC